CUGAUAUCGUAUAAAAGUCACUCCACGGUGCAGAACUCGCACACAGUCGCAUAAUGAAGUUCCAGGUGUGUCUAUCGGUGUUUCUGUGUGUUACUGGCGUGGCAUUUUCCUGGGAGAACAACUGGGAUGGACCAUUCGAGUUCAUGUGUCCACACGGUCAGAGCAUUCGUCGAAUCACCAGUAACCACAACAAUCGCGCUGAAGACAGACAGUGGAGGUUUGAGUGCUCUAACACAGGGGCCGUGGCGUCCUGCGUGUGGUCAGGCUAUGUCAACGACUUCGAUCAGCCUCUUUUGUUCCAGUGUCCAAACAACGGCGUCAUCACAGGAAUCUCCAGUUACCAUAACAAUAACGCAGAAGAUCGACGUUUUAAAUUCCAUUGUUGCUCGAUUUCAGGGAGAAGUCUAACAAACUGUAGAUUUUCUUUGAGCUACAGCAACACUUUUGACGGCUAUCUCAACUUCUACGUUCCCAACAACCAGGUUCUGAAGGGCGCUUUCAGUUACCAUAGUAACGGUGCUGAGGACAGACGUUGGAAGUUUGAAGUGUGCCAAAGCUCCUAAACAAUCCUAUGUUUAUAUGGUAUGGUAACAAAGAGUCUUGAGCCACAGACCAUACUGCUGACUGACAAGGUGGAUGUAGUGAAUAUGUUUGUUUUGGGUUUUGUUUUUCGGGUUUUUCCUCAACUUUCAAAGUAUGAUUUGUAUUUUCAUAAACAUGCUUCAUAAAUAUAGUAUUGCAUACAUUAAAUACAAAUAAUAAAAAUGUAAUGUAUCUU